CCUGGAAGAGAUAGGAUGUUAGAAAUGUUACAUCAAACUCACACAGGAAUGACUAAAAUGAAAGGUUUGGCAAGAUCAUACAUGUGGUGGCCUGGAAUGGAUCAGGAUGUAGAGAGAACGGUUCGAGCAUGUCACGAAUGUCAGGCACAUCAAAAAGCGCCUGCUUCUGCUCCUCUACACCCGUGGGAAUGGCCUGAAUCACCAUGGUCAAGGAUUCAUGUGGACUAUGCAGGACCUUUUCUAGGAGAAAUGUUUCUCGUAAUUGUGGAUGCACAUUCAAAGUGGUUGGAUGUUUACCCUACAAAAACAUGCAGAUCCUUAGUCACAAUCGAGAAACUCAGACAGAGCUUCAGUUAUUUUGGAAUACCAAAAAUGCUGGUGUCCGACAAUGGAACUUGCUUCACAAGUGCUGAGUUUGAAGCGUUCAUGAAGCAAAAUGGUAUCAGUCAUGUGAGAUCCGCUCCUUUUCACCCAUCCUCAAAUGGACUCGCAGAGAGACCAGUUCAAACUUUUAAAGAGGGGAUGAAGAAGAUGAAAGAAGGGACAAUACAAACAAGGUUAUCAAGAUUCUUGUUUAGCUACCGGAUCACACCUCACGCAACAACAGGCUUAUCACCUGCCGAACUCAUGAUGUCACGCAGACUAAGGUCCGCCCUGGAUUUGGUUGUUCCGGAUAUGAAAACCAAAGUGUUGGUACUGGUCAAGUUGUGA